ACCAAGAGCUACGACAACCCACCGAUCAUCAACGCAAUGGACGCAGUCCUCGACCCGUUCGACGAGCUGGCCGAGUUGGACGCCCACAUCGUUUUUGCAGCCACAGGGCAGUACGCUACCGCCCCGCCCGAGACGCUGUCCUCGGUUGGGGGCGAUGAGGCGGCACAGGCCGUCGACGCAGUGACAUGGGACCCAGGGCAGCCGCAGCGUGCCGCGCGAGCCGACCCUGAUGCCGCUCCGCCCGAGACGCUGUCCUCGGUAGGGAGCGAUGAGACGGCCCAAGCUGUCGACAGGCAUAUGGUACAGGUACCAGGGGAGCCGUUGCCAACGGCACACCCUGAUGCCGCCCCGCCCAAGACGCAGUCCUUGGUAGGGGGCGAUGAGAUGGCGAAAGCUAUCGACUUGACCGCUGCGAAAGGCAACACGGGUGGCGAGAUUAUCCUCUCCAGGUACCAUGUCCAGGCCACAACCUUCAACCACCUCCGCGACCUGGCCAUCUCCCAGCGCAGGCCCGACCCGUUCCGCGGCUUCACGCCCAUGGUAUGGCACAGACGCUCUGGCAACCUGGUUGUUAUUGCAGCGCAUCUGGAACCCCACAGGCAGAUCGAGGGUGCAGUGCACGAUAAGUUACUCUCGCUGGGAGCCUUCGUUACUAUGCUCACUGACCCGUGGAUCAUCCUGGCCGAUUGGAAUAUGACACCUGAGCAGCUCGCAGCAACAGAGUGGCCCGCCAAAUGGAAUGCUACCAUCGUGCGAGCGCCUGGAUCCGCCACGUGCGACAAGGGCCAGGGACUCACGCUCGACUUCGCAUUGGUCAAGACUGGCAUCGAGCACACGUUCUCCAUUCGCCAGUGCCCCACCGUCCCCUGGGCCACCCAC